AUGAAACUAUCAACAAGUUUAAUUCAAGGACUUUUACUAUCAGUUAUUAGCGGAUCACCAAAUUCUGAUCCAAAUAUUUCACCAGUUAGUACCAUUGAAGCUGAUAACUCCAUAGACAAGUUCACAACAGAAGCUACAUCGAAAUAUAAACUUUGUUUUAACGCUAAUGAAAAUGUUCUUUGUAAGGAUGGUAGUGUCAAGAAAUGUGUUUCAAAGUGGGUGUCUACUUCUAUGGGUAAUGCUGAACACGGUACUAGCUUCUGCUCUUUCUGGUGUAGCAAAAUGAAGAAUGUUGAUGAUUGUAAAACAAACAAGAAGAAAUUCAACUAUCAUCCAGAUUGGAGUUGUGAUCGUGAUGCUACAUACUGCUAA